AUGGGUAGCUUAUUUAGAAGUGAAGAGAUGGCAUUAUGUCAACUCUUCUUGCAAAGUGAAGCUGCAUAUGCCUGCGUUUCUGAACUUGGAGAACUUGGUCUUGUACAAUUUCGAGACCUCAAUCCGGAUGUGAACGCGUUUCAAAGAAAAUUCGUUAACGAAGUGAGACGUUGCGAUGAAAUGGAAAGAAAACUUCGUUAUUUGGAAAAAGAAAUUAAAAAAGAUGGGAUACCAAUGUUGGACACGGGGGAAAAUCCGGAAGCACCUCAACCUCGGGAAAUGAUCGAUUUGGAAGCGACAUUUGAAAAGCUCGAAAACGAAUUAAGGGAAGUCAAUCAAAAUGCGGAAGCGCUCAAAAGGAAUUUUUUGGAAUUGACGGAAUUAAAACACAUUCUUCGUAAAACUCAAGUGUUUUUUGACGAGAUGGCAGAUCCGAGCAGAGAGGAAGAAAGCGUCACUUUGCUGGGAGAAGAAGGGCUCCGGGCCGGAGGACAGGCACUUAAACUCGGGUUUGUCGCCGGUGUUAUACUGAGAGAAAGAGUACCAGCAUUUGAACGUAUGCUUUGGAGAGCUUGUCGCGGUAACGUUUUCCUUCGUCAAGCGGAAAUCGAAACACCUUUGGAAGAUCCAUCAUCGGGAGAUCAAGUAUUCAAAUCCGUUUUCAUAAUAUUUUUUCAAGGGGAUCAAUUGAAAACGAGAGUUAAAAAAAUAUGCGAAGGUUUUAGGGCGACACUGUAUCCCUGUCCGGAGGCUCCCACGGAUCGACGGGAAAUGGCCAUGGGUGUCAUGACUCGAAUCGAAGAUCUGAACACGGUUUUGGGUCAAACUCAAGAUCAUCGUCAUCGUGUGCUCGUGGCAGCAGCGAAAAACAUAAAAAAUUGGUUCGUAAAAGUGAGAAAAAUCAAAGCCAUUUACCACACUUUAAAUUUAUUUAACCUGGACGUGACGCAAAAAUGCCUGAUUGCCGAGUGUUGGGUCCCCCUUUUGGACAUGGAAACGAUUCAGUUAGCUUUACGUCGAGGAACUGAAAGAAGUGGAAGUUCCGUUCCGCCCAUAUUGAAUAGAAUGGACACUUUUGAAGAUCCCCCGACUUACAACAGAACAAAUAAAUUUACAACAGCUUUUCAGGCUCUUAUCGAUGCCUACGGAGUUUCAAGUUACCGAGAAGUUAAUCCUGCUCCGUACACUAUAAUAACAUUCCCAUUUUUGUUUGCCGUCAUGUUUGGCGAUACUGGUCACGGACUGCUGAUGACGAUAUUCGGAGCCUGGAUGGUAUUGAAAGAAAAACCUCUACAAGCCAAAAAAUCAGACAGCGAAAUCUGGAAUAUUUUCUUCGGCGGACGUUACAUAAUUCUUUUGAUGGGCGUUUUCUCAUGUUACACGGGUUUAAUUUACAAUGAUGUUUUUUCAAAAUCUCUCAACAUAUUCGGAUCUGCUUGGUCGGCAUCACACCUCGACAUGAGUUACAUAAUGAACGAAAAGUCUAUCAUGUUGGAUCCGAACAGUACUGCAUACGUGCAAAUCCCUUAUCCGUUCGGAUUGGAUCCCGUUUGGCAAGUGGCAGAAAAUAAAAUUACUUUUUUAAAUACGUACAAAAUGAAAUUAUCGAUUAUUCUUGGGGUUUUUCAUAUGUUGUUCGGAGUCUGCCUUAGCUUGUGGAAUUUCAGGUAUUUUAAUAAAAAAAUGGAUAUAUUUACUCAGUUCGUACCUCAAAUCAUAUUUUUGUGCUUCCUUUUCUUGUACCUGGUACUAUUAAUGUUUGUUAAAUGGGUCAAUUACACAGCUUACACGACAGAUAUUCUUUUGAGUCCAUAUUGCGCUCCAUCAAUUUUGAUAACGUUUAUCAACAUGGUUUUAAUGAAGAAAGAUGUUGCUCCGGCGGGUUGCGAUCCGUUCAUGUACGGCGGACAGAGUACAAUACAAACAAUGUUGGUAGCAGUGGCUGUCAUAUGCGUACCCGUCAUGCUUUUCGGAAAACCCCUGUAUAUAAUGAGACAGCAAAAAACUCGUCACUUAAAUAGUAAUCAUGCGGGAGAAAAUGGGGAUGCGGAGGGUGGUGGUGGUGGUCAGUUUCCACCAUCUCAGCCACCCGUCGAACACGAUGAAGAGCACGAUAUGGGUGAACUCAUGAUUCAUCAGGGUAUUCACACAAUUGAAUACGUUUUGGGAUCCGUGUCUCACACUGCCUCGUACCUUCGGCUAUGGGCUUUGUCUUUGGCUCACGCGCAGCUUUCCGAAGUAUUGUGGAACAUGGUUCUUAAAUUCGGAUUGGUUCGCGAAGAUUGGACCGGUGGUAUAUUUCUAUGGAUAGUUUUUGCCGGAUGGGCUUGCCUCACGGUCAGCAUAUUGGUCGUUAUGGAAGGUCUGAGUGCGUUUUUGCACACGUUGCGUUUGCAUUGGGUUGAAUUUCAGAGUAAAUUUUACGCGGGUCAGGGUUACGCAUUUCAACCAUUUUCUUUCGAAGCUUUGCUCGAUUCGGCUUCGCAAUCCGGAGAAGAUUAA